UUAAAUAACUCCAAGUAAAAGAUAAAGCACAAAAAGUGGAAAUACCUUUGUAAAAUUUGUGAUAUUAACAUGUAGUAUGUAAUAUACAAAGAGAUCUUACAGUUAAGAGAAAUUCUAAAACCCAGCAAACAAUAGCAAGCAGCUUUUUAAAAAGAUACAAAAGUGACUAAUGAAGAUGUUCAGUCUCAGGAGUACUCUAAGGAGUAAAAAUUAAAAGCAUACAGUCACACAUAGUAAGCCCUCAAACCUCUGUCUCACAUCAAGAUGAACACAGACUCUCAUAGACACACAGUAUACCCCACAGCACCCCCUUUCCCCACACCUGCUCCUGCACUCUCUGUAGCUCGGAAGACCAGUGUUGGCUGGGAGCACUGUCUUUUGUACCUCAGAGGAACCACUCCUGGCAGAAAGCUAAUGACAUGGUGUAGCACCUCAGCAGAAUGUCCAGGACCACUGUAUAAGUGACCUCUCCCCGCCCCCAACUCCAGCUUCUGGAAGCUGCACAUGGGUGGAGGCAGACCCUGGCAGCCCCCGAACACAGGAGAGCAUAGUCCUUUACCCAACCAUCUUGGCCUACUCCUUUGGGCAGUUGUAGACCACACAAACCCAGAAGUGCCUCAAGCCAUGGAUCCAUGUUCUUCAUUUACUUACAGAAACACUGAAACAGAGACAGAUGGCACUGCCCCUGGUCACACAGCAAUCAGUGGCUGAUGUGUCCCAUUACCCAGGCCAGAGAAGAGGGUAGAAGGCCGUGGCUCACCCCACCCCUCCUAGGUCAUGAAUAUUCUCCAGCUGGUCUCUGGAUGUGACAGGAGAGAUGGGGACAGGAAGUCCUGCAGUCCUGGCUCCAGGUGGAGUCUUAGCACCAUCUCUGCUGUGGCAGGACCAAGGCAGGGACUCUAGGAGGGCUGAGAAUCACUGAGGACAGAACCUAUCUUCUGGAUCUGCCCCCAAAUCCUGUGUGAACUUGGGCUCUGGGUCUUAAGGCUAUUGAUCUGCAGGGUUGGGACUGGACAUAGGGCGUAAGGCCCAUCUCACCCAGACGGCUCCUGAGAGUUUUCUCCCUCUCUGUAGCUUUGUUACUAUCCAUGGUAGGUCAUCUGCUCAGAUCCCAAGGAUACGAGGGUGAAUAAAGCAGGUAACUGCAAAGUCUCGUGAAGUCAUGUGGACCCUAUGGCCCAGAAGUCCUGACACAUUGUAGCCUCCAUGUUCACUACUCCAGUGAAGAGCUGCCUGGGUCCAGUGGGGGCCUUCCAGAGACUAAGAAGAGCCAUGGCACUGGAGACCUCGAAAAAGCACUUCUUUCUCAUCAGGAGCCAUGAGCCUGGAAGGGUCAGGAUUAAAUCAAGUGUCUCUCUCAGUCCAGGUAAACAUGUUCCAUCUCUGCAGCACAGGGCACCCUUCUGCCCAGGCCUGUCACACUGGAAGGGACCUCAGAAAAUACCUGAUCCUGCCCUGUCCAGAUCAGGAGGGAAAACAGGCUCAGAGGAAAUAUGGCUGAUGCAGGGCAUUCAGCAGGUCUGGGAAGCCUGGCGAGCAGAGGCCCAAUCAGGGAGGGAGGGUGUGUGCAAUGGGUGGAGGCAGGGCUUCUGUGACAUCUGGUCAGGGUGGGGGUGGGGGUGGGGGGGGUGGGGGGGCGGAAAGAGACAGCACAGCUCCCCCUGGGUGGCAGCCCUGUCCUUGUGGUGGGGCUGGGGGUUCUGAGAAGAGGCUCGUAAGAUGUUCCUCUGACCUCUCCGCCUCUGACAUCCCCGUUCCUCACAGACCAUAGCCCCGCUCUGCUGUUCUUUCUCCUGACAAGGAACUGAGGACACCCCUUCCCUUACACAGUUCACUCAGUUCAACUGAACAUUUGUGGGCCCAUCCACAGGCCAGGGUUUCCGAAGUGCCCGGGGACUCCGAGAGGAGCGAACUUUGGUCUUCUCCUCCGCGACCUCCCUGCAGCCUCUUCCGCCUUCUCUCGGGCCCCAUUCGCACCACAGACCACGUGGUCUCAGCAAAUCCCACACCUCACAGGGUUCCUGGGGCUUCCGCCCGGGGUCUGAGCCCGCUCUGCGGGGGCCCGGCGUUCUCCGCCUGCUCCUGGGCUUCCCGGGCCUGAGUCCCACUCCGGCUCUGGUUUCCCACCCUCCCCUCCCUGCUCCCCAGCCCCUGCCCUGCGCAGGUCGGUGCUCAAGUGUUUCCAGUGCCCCUGAAGCGUGCCCCCCCCCCCCCCCCCCGGCCACUGAAAUCCCACCCACACUCAGCCGAAGCCCAGCCUCCAGGAAGCCCUCCCAGCGGCGCGGCCGAACGCACCUUCUCGCCCCUCUCCUCGGCUCGCCAAGGGGAUCUGGACAAAUUGGGGACCCAGGGUCUGCGUGACAAACUCAUUCAUUCCUCAAACCCUGGAACCAGGUGGCUCAGGCACUUCAUUGACUGAAAACCAUGAGUGAAGAGAAGGAAGAGGCCUCGUUCGGUGUGCUCCCAAUUUAUGAUGAGCCUGAAAAGAGGAGGGACAUGCCAGAGAGCCCUGAUGCUUCCUCCCAGCCGGAGCACCGUGCGCGGUCUCAGCUGGGCGAGGUGUGCGGUCCCCCGGAACAGCCCCUGGGCUCCCCGAGUCAGCGUGGCCCAGCUUAUCAAGAGACGACCUGUGUGAGUCCCCAGCAGUGGGCCCCCCAGGCCCUAGAUGGAUCUGAGCUGCCAGCCACUCGGCUCUCCAAGGCAGAAUCCGAAGAUGCAGCGUGUGGUUUCAACCCCCCACCAGGAGCGGAGUUUGGUCAGCCUUGUCCUUCGCCUGGUCCCAGUGAAGAAGUCUUGUCAUUCCUCAGAGCAAUUCCUCCCGUUCCAGAUGAUGUGGUGGUUAGGCAGAGGGCCCCACAUAAGUCCUGGAAGGUCGGCCGACUCCGCCACGGGAAGAAAGUCUAUGCAGUGGCCGUCAGUGGCUCCACUCACCACGUGUACACGUGUGGCCACGGCUACAUCAGAGUGUGGGAUGAGAGUGCUCUGCAUGCCUGGGACCGGGCGCCCCAGGCCCAGCUCAACUUCCAGGACCGUGACAGCUGUGUCUUCACCUGCAAGCUGUUCCCCGAUGAGCGGAGCCUGAUCACGGGGGGUCUGUCCCAGACCCUGACACUUUGGGACUUGGCGCCCACCCCCCGUGUCAGGGCACAACUGGCCUCCACUGGCCCCGUGUGCUAUUCCCUGGCGCUAUCCUCCAAUGCCCAGAUCUGCGUGGCUUGUUUCAAAGGAUUUGUUGAAAUUUGGGAUUUACAGAACCAAAUCUUGAUCAGGAAGCAUGAAGUCCCCAUAUACGGAUCCCAGUGUGUGGACAUCACGGGCAAUAAGUUCUGGACGGGAGGUGAAGACACCAAACUAUACUCCUGGGACCUGAGGAGCUACCAGAGGCUGCAGCAACAUGAUUUACGGCAUGAGAUCCUCAGCAUCACCCAUGACCCGAGUGAGGAGUGGUUGCUAGUAGGCUUGAGAAUGAGUGACAUCGUAAUCGUGCACACACACCGGAAGGAAAAGUUUAAGGCUGUCCUACAGAAAUACAUCUACCAUCACAAUCUCAAGUUUGCCUCCUGUGGGAGCUAUUUUGUGGCCACAAUGAAUGAGACGAUCCGCUGCAUAGCUGCACCUUCUCUGCAUAGAUUGUUUCAGGUAGAGGAGUCCGCACACAUCCUGUGUUGUGACAUAUCUUCUGACAAUCGGUAUCUGGUCACGGGCUCCAAGAAUAGUGCCACGGUUUACCAGCUCUUGUAUUGAAGGUCCCACUGGUGAAGACCCAAAGAAGACCAGUGUGCUGGGAGGGUGAUCUUGGGGUGCUGGGCCACUCUGACACCUGCUACUCCCCCUGCUUCUCCUCAUGGGUUGGUUAUCUGUCCAUUCCCCUCUUGCCCAGCACAUGCCUAGCCUGCUCUCCAGGUUUUUAUUAUACAACUUAGGGAUUUUUCCUUUGUUAUUUUUCUACCACUGGUUUCUGGAUUUUGUAAUUAAUAAAAGAGAAAAGCAAAAACCAAA